CACAUACUUAUGCGCCAGCUGGAAAGAUUUAUCCACCUUGAAACUUAACAGCGGCCGCGGUCACCAGAAAGUUGUUCCUAGAACGAACACUCACGUAAAGUCAACUAGUACUGAAGAAAGCAUUCAAACAUGGACGGGAUUAAGAAGAAAAUGAUUGCCAUGAAAUUAGAGAAAGAGAAUGCGCUGGAAAGAGCAGUACAGUACGAAAGUCUUCUAAAGAAAAAAGAGGAGGAACGAGAAAAGAAGGAGGCUGACAUUGCAGAAUUGAACAAUAAGCUCAAACAGGUUCAAACCGAAUGUGACGAAAUUCAGGAAUCGCUUCAGGAGUCUUUGAACAAGAUGGAAGAGACAGACAAGCGAGCCACAAACGCCGAAGCAGAGGUUGCCUCCAUGGAACGUCGGAAUCGGCUUUUAGAAGAGGAUUUGGAAGUGUUUCAUAGCCGUCUUACGGAAACACUAGCGAAGUUGGAUGACGCGAGCAAGACGGCGGAGGAGAGUGAACGCGAACGCAAGGAGCUGGAAACAAGGUCCAUCGCAGAUGACGAGCGCCUCAGCCAACUUGAAGACCAGCUAAAGGAGGCCAAAUACAUAGCAGAAGAUGCUGAUCGCAAGUACGACGAGGCUGCUCGUAAGUUGGCGAUCGUCGAAGUCGAUUUCGAACGGGCGGAAUCACGUCUAGAAGCGGCGGAGAGCAAAAUUGUGGAAUUGGAGGAGGAGCUCCGAGUUGUCGGUAACAAUAUGAAAGCUCUCGAAAUUUCGGAGCAAGAGUCCGCUCAGCGUGAGGAGAGCUACGAGGAGACCAUCAGAGACCUAACUGAGCGUUUGAAGGCGGCAGAACAGCGGGCAGCUGAGGCCGAACGCCAAGUGUCCAAACUCCAGAAUGAAGUUGAUCACCUCGAAGACGACCUACUUGCCGAAAAGGUUCGCUACAAGGAUCUCAGUGGGGAGUUGGAUCAGACCUUCGCCGAGCUUACAGCCUACUAGUAUGUGCGCUCAAUGGGUUCUCCUGGCGUUGAUUCGAAUUAUACCUCCGUGCAGUGUUCCUCCUCUGAUUCCUUGUAGCUGGUGUUCAACGUACAGGUCAUCGCUCCUUCGGGGUACCCAGUAGACUUACUUGCACCCUCUUCUCAACCCCCUGGCGCUGUUCUCUUGUCCAGCAAAUCCGCUUAUUUACUUGGGUUUAACCAAGUUCUGUUUGAAUUUAAAUAAAUUCCUUGUUUUACCUUUUUGUUUAUCGGACGUCCUAAUUGCUAUAAUACAAUGCUGACCAAGUUCCA